AUGGAGAGAAGAAGACGACAUCUCACAGACACCAGUUUAUGCCAAGUCUGCAAGGGAGGGGAGGAAUCCAGUAUGCAUAUUCUCCGCGACUGUCCGGCGAUGUCAGGUAUAUGGACUCGAAUAGUACCUGUCAGGAAACAACGUGAAUUCUUUACCUUCCCACUCCUAUGCUGGUUGCAUGAUAAUCUCGGGAAUGAUAUGGAUAUGGGAGGAUACACUUGGUCAACCAUCUUUGCAAUAUCCAUAUGGUGGGGAUGGAAAUGGCGAUGCUGGAAUGUAUUUGGAAACAAUGGUAAAUGCAGGGACCGAGUAAAGUUUUUGAAGAAUCUGGCGAGCGAAGUUUCUUUGGCACAUGAACACCUUCGAGAACGAGCAUGUGCAGGAGUCCGAGUGGAAAGACACAUAGCUUGGAAACCGCCGGAGUCUGGAUGGUGGAAAAUGAACACCGACGGUGCUUCUCGAUGA